AUGUGUAACUUAUCAGACUUCAUUGACUUAACUAGAGAGACCAGACCAAGGACAAAAGAUCGCAGUGGACUGUGUGUGAUUGAUCUGGCAAGAGCUGAGGGAGAAGAUAGACCUAUUGCCACUCUUGACUUAACUUUAGAACCUGUCACUCCUUCCCAGAAGAAGCCAACCAGUCUUCAGACAUGGGCCAGCCUCUCUGGCAAAGCGGUGAUGGAAGGGCAGGUGGGCAGAAGCUCUCAGCCUACAGCACGGAGAAUCAUUAACAGUGAUCCUGUAGAUUUGGACCUAGUGGAAGAAAACACCUUUGUAGGUCCCCCGCCCGCUACAUCCAUCAGUGGAGACUCUGUUUAUCCAACAGAGCCUAAUUGUAGCUCAGCCACAUUCACAGGUAACCUCAGCUUCUUGGCAAGCCUACAGCUGUCUUCAGAUGUUAGCUCCCUCUCCCCAACAAGCAAUAAUAGUAGUAGCAGCAGCAGCAGCAGCAGCAAUCAAAAAGUACCCUUGCCGUGCCCACAGCAAGAUGUGUCUCGCCCACCACAAGCCUUGCCGUGCCCACUGAGAGCCUCACCUUGUCCACCGCGAGCCUCCUCAUGCCCACCACGAGCCUUGUCAUGCCCAUCACAAACCAUGCAGUGCCAACUACCAGCUCUAACUCACCCACCGCAAGAAGUGCCAUGCCCUCGGCAGAAUAUCCCAAGCCCACCUCAAGACUCGUUAUGGUAUCCUCAACACUCACCAAGCCCACCUCAAGACUCUCUGGGCCUACCUCAAGAUGUACCAGGCCCACCUCAAAACAUAUUACAUCUACAAGAUGUGGCAUACCUGCAAGACAUGCCACAGUCACCAGGAACCAUGCCACCAUCACCAGAUGUGCCACAGUCACCAGGAGACAUGCUAGGGUCUCCAGGAGAUGUGCCACAGUCACCAGGGGACAUUCCACACUUACCGGGAGAUGUGUUACGUUCACCUGGAGACAUGCCACACUCAUCAGGGGACGUGACACACUCACCUAGAGACAUCCCUCACUUACCAGGAGACAGGCCUGACUUUACCCAGAAUGAUGUACAGAACCGUGACAUGCCUAUGGAUAUCUCAGCUCUGUCCUCUCCAAGCUGCCCUCCCAGCCCACAGUCUGAAACUCCCUUAGAGAAAGUUCCUUGGCUCUCUGUCAUGGAAACCCCAGCCAGAAAAGAAAUAUCACUGUCAGAGCCUGCCAAACCCGGGUCUGCCCAUGUGCAAGCACAAACACCACAAGGUGGGUUGUACAACAGACCAUGCCUGCAUAGACUGAAGUACUUCUUACGACCUCCGGUUCAUCACCUCUUCUUUCAGACACUAAUACCGGAUAAAGACACAAGAGAGGUGAGCUAA